UAAAAUAGUAAAAAAAUGAAGAUCUAUUAUGUUAGGCAUGGAUAAUCAAUGAAUAAUACAAUCAAUGAUCUUUCAGAUUAAGAAUAUGAAAAGCUUCGCUAACAAGAUCCAUAAUUAUCUGAAUAAGGUAUUAAAUAAGUUAGACUUCUAACUGAUUAUCUUAAAUAAAAAAAAAUUGAUUUUGAAGAAAUAAGAUGUUCCCCUUAAUAAAGAGCAAUUCAAACAGCAUAAUUAAUAAACGAAUGUUAUAAAGUUCCAGUUAAAAUCUAGUAAAAUUUACACGAAAAAGGUGGUAAUUAACUUUUGAAUUAAGGUUUUCCUGGAUUAACAAGAAAGUAAAUAUUUCAACUAAUUAUAAUAGGGAAUUUUAGAUUAAAUACCCAGAAGUAAUAAUUGAUGAAAUAAUAACAGAUGCAGGAUGGUAUUUUAAAGAUAAAAGAGAAACUGAUGAAGAAUGCAAAUUAAGAGCAGAAAAGGUAAUCCAAGAUUUGUAGAAUGAACCCUAGAAAUCUAUCUUAAUUAUUGGACAUGGUAAUUUUAUGGAUAUGGUUAUGGGAACGGUUUGUGGAAGAGCACAGAAUUCUAAAUAUUUUUAUUACCAUUAAAAUUGUGGCAUCACUUUACUUAAAAAUGAUGGUUAUGGAUUUGAAAUAGAUUAUUAUAAUGAUUAUUCAUUUCUUGAAAUGCAUUACUUUAAAACAGGGGAGGAUUUAAUAUUAAAAAGGCUGGCCAAUUAUAAAGGUAAAAUUUGAAAAUUUUGAGUAAUUAUAAG